UCUUUUGAGACUCCUUCGUCAUGAGCUCUUCCAAGAAGGUUACCCUGUCGGUGCCCAGCCGGGAGCAGUCGGAAGGGGUCGGAGCGCGGGUCCACAGGAGCAUCGGCAGACCUGAGUUGAAAACUCUGGACCCAUUUUUGCUGUUGGAUGAAUUUAAAGGUGCUAAACCAGCUGGAUUUCCUGAUCAUCCACAUCGAGGCUUUGAAACGGUCUCUUAUCUCCUGGAAGGAGGGAGCAUAGCCCAUGAAGACUUCUGUGGACACACGGGUAUUCUGAACCCAGGAGAUCUGCAGUGGAUGACAGCAGGCCGGGGCAUCCUGCACGCUGAGAUGCCAUGCUCCGAGGAGCCGACCCAUUGCCUCCAGCUGUGGGUGAAUUUGAGGAGCUCUGAGAAGAUGGUGGAGCCCCAGUACCAGGAGUUAAAGAGUAAAGACAUCCCAAAACCCAGCGCGAAUGGCGUGACCAUCACUGUCAUUUCUGGAGAAGCACUGGGAGUGAAGUCCAAGGUUUACACCCGCACACCAACUUUGUAUUUGGACUUCAAACUGGACCAGGGAGCAAAGCAUUCCCAGCCCAUCCCCAAAGGGUGGACCAGCUUCAUUUAUACCAUAGCUGGAAAUGUGUAUAUUGGACCUGAUGACGCCCAACAAAAAAUAGAACCUCACCAUACAGCAGUGCUGGGAAAGGGCGACAGUGUCCAGGUGGAGAACAAGGAUCCUGAGAGGAGCCACUUUGUCUUAAUCGCUGGAGAGCCUCUGGGAGAGCCAAUUGUCCAACAUGGUCCGUUCGUGAUGAACACUGAUGAAGAGAUUGCACAAGCCAUUCUGGAUUUCAGAAAUGCCAAAAAUGGCUUUGAAAGGGCCAAAGUCUGGAAGUCAAAGAUUGCAAAGUAGUGAAG